AUGUAAUCCUGGUAAACUUGUGCACUAUCUGGUGAGUUGAUUGAAACACCAGUAAUUUCUAAAGUGAGUGGACAUAUAUAUGAAAAAAGAUUGAUUGAGAAGCAUAUUGAAAGUACAGGCACAUGUCCAAUAACUGGAAGACCUUUGAAUUUAGAAGACCUAAUUGAAGUUAAAGUAGCCAAAAUUCAAAAGCCAAGACCAGUGACAGCUACAUCAAUACCUUCAUUGCUAUCCCUUUUAUAAAACGAGUGGGACGCAUUAUUAUUGGAGUAAUUUUAAUUGAAAUAACAUUUGGAAUAAGUAAGACAUGAAUUAACUCAUGCACUUUAUUAACAUGAUGCUGCAUGUCGCGUGAUAGCAAAACUAAUAAAAGAGAGAGAUUUAGCCAGAAUAGAAUUAGCGCAAUUACAAAAUAAAUUAAAUCAUAAAGUAGAAGUAGAAACUAAUAAUGUUCCUGAAAAAUUAUCAGCAAAUUACUUGGCUGAUAUAGAAUAAACUGCAUUAAAAUUAACAAGCUAGAGAAAACUUUUGAGAAAGCAAUAAUCAUAUUUUGAAUAAUUUCCUAAUUCUUAGAUUUUAUCAAAUUAUGAAAUCAAGUAAUAACACACUUAAACUUAAGGUGGUACAUCAUUAGACAUUUAAGCUAAUUAUGUGAUAGUAGGAGGAUAAACAGGUUUGAUUUCACUUUAUCGUUUUGAGGCUUUAUUGUAUUAGAAUCAAUAACAAAAUCAACUAAUAAAUGCAAUCAGAUUCUUUACAAUUGAUGAGCAUUUAAGAUUUGUUUCAUCAACUUCAGAUGGAGAUUUAGUUAUUUACAAAUUUAACACUGAAACUAAUGAGGGAGUCAUAACUUAAACUGUGAAAGUAGGAUAGAAUAUCACUGGAUUAGCUAUUCAUCCUCUUGGCUACAUUGCUGUUAUUGUGACUUCUGAAGGACUUUUGUUAUUUUAUGACUUAAGAUCUGGUGUCUAAAUUAGUAAAGUUACUGAUUUUGAAGGAUAAUGCAAGUUUACAUCAGUUGCUAUUCAUCCUGAUGGAUUGUUAUUAGCAAUUGGAUAAGAAAAUUCUUAGAUUAAAAUUUGGAAGAUUACAUCAGGAUAAUUGGUUGCUCAAUUUGAAGGAUAAGAAGGAUCUAUAAAUCAAGUGGCAUUUUCUGAAAAUGGAGUGAAUUUGGCAUCAGUUUCAGAAACUCAAGUUUUUUAAUGGGAUUUAAGAAAUCCUGGUUUGUUCUAAAAUUUGUUUCAAUCAUAAAAAAUAAGCAGUAUCUCAUAUGAUACAUCAGGAGCCUACUUAGCUGUAGGUGAGAAUAAGAAUAUACAUUUAUUUGACAUAAAAAAAUAAUAAGAAUUCUUCAAAUUUGAAAGUCAUAGAGAUACUGUGACUGCUAUCAGAUUUGCUGAAUUCAACAAAAAUAUUUACAGUUGUAGUUUAGAUAAGCAACUUAACAUCUAUGGUAAUUGA